ACUUUAAACAACCUAUAUGUCGGAUUACUGCCCCUAAAAGAUUAGUGGUAGAGUGUCCACUGGAAUUGGUGUUCACAGCUGGUUCAAUCCUUUAUCUUGUCAUACCAAUGACAUUAAAAAGGGGUCAGGUCAGGUAUCUUACUAGUUCACCUUAAUGCCCGUCAACAAAACCUUUGACGAUUUCAACACUAUGGCAGACUCGAGACUGCAGGGAUACAUAAAAAAAGUCAAAAUAAUAAACAAGUAUCAGUGAACGAUCAUUACUGUAGCUUGUAUCUUACUAGGGUUUUAGCUACAGAGUUAUGGGAGGAUGCUGCACCCUGUCAUUUUUUGGAAGCACCCUUCUAAUGUGCACCGUCCUGCCUUAAAAGAAUUAAAUGCUUAAGAUAUUAAAAUAUUUCUUUUGUUUUGAUUAAAACUACAUAUUUGUUAGUUGAAACCUAAUAUUACUUCAGAUAAGACAAUUUCUAACAUUUUCUAUGAAAAUCAUAAUGCUUUAUUUUUUCAUUGCCCAAUACAAUGUGUCCUUUUGUCUUUAGGCACCCUGUCCGUUUUCUGUCACACCCUGUUCUUUUUAAAACCUGGCUAAAACCCUAAUCUUACUUGCCUGACCUUCACCAUGACAGUGUAGUAUGGGGGAAUUUGGAGUACUCAGAACUAAUUAAAGCUUAAAAAUAUGGCUGUAUGUGUAUUGAUUAGUGCUUAAUUUACACUAUUAAAAAACCCAGAGAUUCAUUUAUAUAAGGGUUAUAGGGUAGUCAUGUAGUUCAGAAAACACUAACUUUGGUGCAUUAUCAAUUUCCAUAUCUUUCGUUCAAUCUGUUGUUUUUUUCUUCUUAAAAAAUGUUGAAACUUCUAUCGCACUCAAGUCUCCUUAUAUCUCACUCUGUAUCUUCAAAAUUGCUGUGUCUUCAGCAAAUACGUAUGUUCCUGUGUAAGGUUUGACAUUAAUGGAAGGAAGAUUGAUAUAUAACUUGCUUACAGAUAGAAUAUAACAAACUGACCUUUUUUGUAGAUAUGGGACUAAAUUCACUUUUAUAAAGUUGAAAAAAAUCACGAUGGGUCUAGCAGAGGAGGAGUGUUGAUUCGGGACGACUCUGGCCUUCUAUUAGAGGAUGGCGACGUCCGACCACAAAGCAGGCUACACUGGUGUAACAAGCUCUCGAACACACUAAUACUGGCAACAGCAUUUUUUGCCUUGGGUCUAUGUGUGGCAAUACCAGGCCCAACGUUGCUUGACCUUGGUGACCAGGUAACAGCCUCCACGUCUGUAAUGAUGGUUGUUUUUGUUUCCCGCUCCAUCGGCUACCUGCUGGGGGCGCUGUUGGGGGGAGCGCUCCUUGACUGCUUCAAUCGCCAGCUGCUCCUGUUCUGCGCCCUUCUGCUGGCUUCCGUGGCCACGGCUGUCAUCCCCUGGUCUCUCACACUGCUUGUGAUGUCUGUCAUGUUUGCACUGCAAGGAGUGACUAUGGGCACUCUAGAUACUGGAGGGAAUGUGUUCUGUAUCCAGCUAUGGGGCAGACAGAAUGGACCCUAUAUGCAAACCCUGCACUUUGCCUUUGGUAUAGGUGCCUUUAUAGCACCACUUCUAGCUAGACCGUUCCUGUCCCCGGACCCUGUAGGGCUUACAAACUACUCUGCAGGUGUAGUGCAGGGAAACAUCCCAGUAUCAACGGACCUGCAUCAUCAAUUACCCUUGCUCCUUAACAGGACAAACAGGAUCAAGGGUCUGCUGGAUGUUGAAAAUUGGCAAAACAGGAAUCCAUUCAUGAAGGGGAUACACAUUCAGCGACAAAAAAGUCAAGACUUAACCUUGACUGAGUUUAUAAACAGCUCUGAUAAACCAGCAAACAGCAACACUACUGAAACCAAUCAGCAGACAUCAGACACAAGUGUGGCAGGUGGAAAUGGCAGCACAACAACACCUAAGAUUUUAACAUCUGUGUCAAUUUCACAACCCAUUCAAAAGGUAAUGAAACCAUUGGCAUCCACAGACAACGGUAGAAAACCUGAAACAGCAGAUGGCUUGAGCAAAAACACUGUUGAUGAUCACCUUAAAAAUGCUGAGAACCAAGCUGUUCCAGUUGAAGAAAAUGAAAAACCUGGUAGUGCACAUGAAGGAAUUUUAAUUGGAAAGGUCAAUUUGACAAACCUUGAAAAUGGCACAAUCAGUACAGAUUUAGAUGAUGAACCUUUCAACUCUUCAUCAACUAUCAAUGGUACCAUUGUAGAGAAAGUAACCAUAACAACACCAGUUGGAUCCCCCACUAAUGUCAGUAGGGCUUAUAUUCAAGCAAAUACUACACCUGGUCCUGUAGCUUCCAAACCAGUGCCUCUGUUGGUGCCUAAGACCUCAAGUUCAACCUUGAAACCUACGACAGUCACAGCCACUUCCACAACAGCUAUUACAAGCACUACAACACAGUCAACAACAACAACCAAACCUACUACUUCAACAACUAAAUCAACUACCACGAAAGUGUCAACUCACCUGACAACUGCUACACAGUCAAGUACUCAGAAAACAACAAACUCUCCCAAAAUAGAGAAGCCUAAAGUUACAAAACUAACAAACCGCCCAUCUUUCACAAUUAAGCCAUCCCCACCAAGUGUUGAAAGCAAUACUAAAGUAACAGUGAGUAGCACUGUCCCUACUCCUGGAAAUUCCACAAAGCCAAUGACAAGUGUGGACACCUUCAUCCAUAGAGUGAAAAAUCUAUCGAGAAAAAGUAAAAUCCGGAUUGCCUAUUUGAUCAUUGGGCUUCUUCUUGUUGUUAGUGCAAUUCUGUUGUUGGUAAUGUAUUGCAAAAGGCACAGACUCUCAGUGAACCAAGAUUUUGAUGACUAUGACCGACCGAAAGGCGUAAAAUUCUGCUACAAAGCAAUUUUGAUGAUAUUGUUUGGAAUAUUUUUCUUCCUAUACAUUGGACUGGAGGUGACAUUUGGUGCCUUGAUCACAACAUUUACAGUGGAUUAUAAUAACUGGCCCAAAGAACAAGGUGUGACUGUGGCUGCAAUAUUCUGGGGAGCCUUAGCUACAGGACGUGGGUUCUCCAUAUUCUUAGCGAGGUGUUGCAGAGCAAAUGUGAUGUUAAUCAUAGAUUUAGUAUUCAUGACAAUUGGAAGUCUGGUAUUAUCAUUUGCCUUAGAAUAUCAUGACAAGGCAAUUUGGUUGGGGACUUUGAUAUUAGGACUAGGAAUGUCCUCUGUAUUUCCAGCGGGCAUUUCCUGGGCAGAGAGGUUUAUCCAUCUUUCUGGGAAGUCAACAGCGGUGUUUGUGAUUGGAUCAGCAGCGGGCCAGAUGUUCAUCCCGAGUUUGACUGGAUAUUUAUACGAGAACCUCGGUUUCAUGGUGUUGAUGCGGGGAUCCCUAGCUUUAACUCUGUCAUUAAUAGUGCUAUUUAUAAUGAUAAGCUGUUUGGGGCGUAAAAUGUCUCAUUUUGUUACAGUUGGUAAUAGGAAUGGAUUCCUCCCCCUGUCUGAGAAUGAUGAUCGGGAUAAUGAAGAAGAUCUGGAGAUGGAUUUGGUGCACUUUAGUAAAUCCAAUGCCCGCAGUCGUCAUGUCAGGAUGAAUGGAGGAGGGGAUGCCCAGUAUCAUGUCCUUAUUUCGGACCUAGAUGAUGACUAAGGUCGAUGUGUGUACAGUGGAUCUGGCUUGUUAUUUGUUAAUGUUGACUCUGCUUAUCAUUGCUUACUGUUAUUAUUGUUCAAAUGAUUUAUGUGUUAUUACUUUGCUUUAAGUUACUUGAGAAGUACUUCUCAACAGCGAUGUAUGAUUUCUUGGUUUCUUGCUUUAAGCAUUCUGUUGAUAAUUUCUUGCUUGAAUCAAGCUUGAAUCAAGCUGUUAAUGGUUUCUUGCCAUUAGAAUUCUAUUAAUGUUACAUGUAUUGUCAAUAUUGUUGUGCAGAACCUUCAACACAAUAAAUAAAUAAUGUUAAAUGUAAUAGAUACAUGUAUUAUCUAGUCUUUUUGGCAUCAUUAAAGGAAGUAAUGAUUAAUUAUCUUUAUACCAUAGACAUAAUUCAAAUUCACAGUUUAUUCAAAGAAAUAGUCAUAAAUGUAAAUAAUCCACAUUGAAAACUUGUUUAAUUCUCAGUCCUGAUGUUGUAACUUGUAAUAACAAAGUUGAACAUCCGUGUAUACUCAUUUGUUUAUAUCCGUUUAUAUAUGUUUAUCAUCUUGCAUACAUCCAUGUGUUUUUGCUUCAACAUUAGCCUGGAGUAUGUGACUUGUGUUGAUGUACUGGAGGUUUCCUAGAUAACCUCCAGUCUGCCCAGUAAGGUGGGUGAUUUGUAAAGUGUUCAUCAGUGUUAUAUAACGCAAUAUUUUAGUGCAAAUACACAUGUGUUAUUGUAUAGUUCACUGUUAAGUGCUAAUAGUUCUGGUAAUAUCAGCUUAAAGUAUAAUGUAAAAUGUGUUUUUAAUUAACCUUUUUUUAGAAAUUUCCUGUUCAGAAUAUGUUAUGAUUCCAGAAAUGUUAUUUUUCAAUUAAUGUUGAUUGAACUAGCUCUCUUUCACUACAACAUCUAAUUGGAGUAAAGUCUGCCAAAUGUGAUAUUAAAAUAAUUUAUUAAUUAGAUACAACGCAAUUAAAUUAAUUACAAAAAAUGACCUUUUAUACAAUAUUGUGUUCAUUAAAAACUUUCAUCUGAAGUAAAUAAUACGUUUACUUAUUUUGUACAUGACCUUAAGACAGAGACAUCUAUAUCGUAAGGUCUGUUAUCAGACUUGAAUUUCAGUUCUAAUCAGAGUUUUAAUACAUAUGUGUAUUAUCAUACAUUGUCAAGUCCGCUAUUCACUGACGCAAAUGGGUGCAAAAACUGGUUACAGGAGCUGUACUAGUUGAAUUUAAGUGUUUUGAUAUAAGUUAUAUAAUUUACUUCUUGUGCCAAAGAUGGUCUUGGAACUUUCUUUUAUAAAUUUGUGCAAUUUCCCGUAAGGCUUUUUGCUUUAAAAACGGACAUGUGAAUUUUGCAGAUUGUUGCUUAAUUUUUCGUUUUUAAAACUGUUAUUUAAAAAGUUAUCUUAAGGUUCAAACGAUAAAUGUGUUGUGUACCAGAGUUGUUCCCCUUUAUUUGCA